GUGACAGGUCACGUCACUUGUUGGUCCCGCUAGGAGGAGCGUCUAGUCUGGGAGCACUCUUAAGAGAUACAUUAGACCUGGUGAACCCAUCUACCAACCUCAACAAGCUACUAAGAAUGAAGCACACUUUGUAUAAAGCUGGACGCCAUCUUGGGAGAGCUUGGGUCGCCGGCCGAUAGCGACUUCAACGAGCACCAGCUGCUAGACAGGUCCGUCGGCGACGAUGACUUCGACGGCUACGACGACGAUGUCAGACUGCCAGAUGGAGUCGAUCUCGACGACGAGGAUGACUACGAUAUAUCGGACGACCAGAUGUACCGCGGCCAUAGGCACUCCGCGUCCAUCUUAUCGAGUGGUUCGGAAGUUCCCCCUCUUCCCCUCACCUCCCCACCACACACCCCCGCCUUCCCCACCGACGAGGAGGAGGAAGAGAUCACAGAGUAUGACAAUGAGCUGAGGCGGAGCGAGGCUGGGCACGAGGAGGAGGUAGUGGAGGAGGGCAUCGCAAGGCAGCCUCCUCCUCCAGGGCUCACUCUCAGCCUGGCGUCACCCUCGGCCCUUCUGCCUCCCGCCACCCACCAUCCCGCUGAGCUUGUCUCCCCCGUCAACGUCUACAAGGCAUCGGUGUUGAUGGUUCCUGUUGCUACGGAACGACUCAUUGGUAGCGGUACUACCACCACUACCACCACCUCUACCACCACUACCACCACCACCAGCAGCAGCACUACCACUACUACCACCCGCUCCAAGCCACCCUCGGCCCACACAGCCGCCCAAGGUAAGGUUUUAGCCAGUCGUUGCUCUGUGGUAGAGCUCCUUUCAGCCAAUCAUAUGACUCGUUGUGUUUUGAAGCAUUCCUGUUAG